UUCAGGUCUGUUUCUAUAUCUCUGGGAAGGUCAUGAUGUUCAAGCUAAAUCAAGCAACACUGUUCUUCAUUCAGCUAUUAGUGAUAUGGCAUGUUUUUGCAGAGGUUGCUGAAGAAGGAAACAGAACUGUGUUUGCAUCCAUAGGACACUCAGUGACAUUAACUUGCAACAUAUCCAAAAAAAAUGCAACAUCGAUCACCUGGACAAACAACAGAUCUGUUUUUCAAUAUUCUAUUGCACUGAAUCGCAACUUUUCAAAUUUCUCAUCACAUAGACUGAAAAUAAAUCAUGAGUUCCCCACAAAGCUAAUUAUUUUUAGUGCUCAAUCUGAAGAUGAAGGACUUUAUACAUGUAGCAUAAUAGACAAAAGUGGCCUAAACAGCAUUACAUGGAAUUUAACUGUGUCUGAGAGUCCCAAAGAAUCCACUUCAUCAAAGACUUUUCUAUACAUACUCCCACCUGCAAUUGGAUUCCUUCUAUGUGGCACCAUGCUAGCCAUCUGCUUCUGUAGAAAAGUUACAAUGAGGACACCAAAUCUGGAUCCAGUCAAAAAUAGUCCUCAGUCAGGAGAAGAGGCAGCUCUCCCUCAACCACAAGGUGCCAAUCAGCACUGUGAACGUAGCAAGCGGAGGAGUCAGUAUAUGGAGAGGUGGAAUUCAAUCUAUGAUCACUUCUGAGCUUAUAAGCCUUCCAGUCACAGGGAAUAAGGGGACAACAGGGCUGCUACAGCAUCUUCAACUCAGACACACAGCUCUGGCUGGGAGCACAGCAGUUCCAGUCAUUCACAACACUUUGUUUAAAUGAAGCAGUCAAUUUAAAAAAAGUAAGAAUAAAGGGAAAGGGGAAGGGGAUUAAACAUAAUGUUUCAGAGACAGGAUAAAGGGCCUGCACUAAAGCCCAUCAUUAGAUAAUGAUUAUCUGAAACUGUGAAUCAGACUUUAGAGGUAGAUGUCUUUAAUAAGAAGAGUAUUUGAGAGUAGUGACUUUGAAUUAUUUUAUUUUUUUUAACUAUGAACUUUUUUAUUUAACUAAGCUCACUAAAGCAUUUUCUUUCAAAUAUUCAUCUCAUGCAUAUGGAAUAUUCUCAGAAAACCAGAUGCUUUGCCACUUUUUUUGAGUAGAAGUAUAUGGAUUAUGUCGGUCUCAUUAUGUUCUCCUUUUUGUAUUUGAAAUCAAAUAGUUAUAAUUCAUUAAUGCUACAUUCCUCCGCAGUCUUCUUUAUAUGUUGUUCAAUUAAAAUUCAAUUUGGUUUAUAUAGUGCCAAACCACAAAAACAGUGGCCUCAGGGACUUUAUAUUUUAAGGUAAAGACCUACAAUAAUUCAGAGAAAACAUACGUCCCCUUAUGAGCCAAGAGUUGGCAACAGUGGAAAGGAAAAACUCCCUUUUAACAGGAAAUAACCUCUGCAAGAACCAGGAUCAAGGAGGGGCAAUCAUCUGCCACGACUGGUUGGGGGUGAGGGAAGGGAGACAGGACAAAGACAUGCAGUGGUAGAGAGUCAGAGAUUAUUAAUAACUAAUGGUUAAAUGCAGAGUGGUGUCAUUGGCCCAGGUUGUUUUAUUGAUGUCAGGAUUUCUUGAAAUAGUUUGAAAGUGUCUUGUCAUUUAAAAGGUAUUUAAACUUGUUUGUUCAAACCCUUCUCCUAUGUGAACUCCUGCUUAUUAAACAUUGCAAAACAGGCAUACACUGAAAGUAUCCUGCAGUAUUUUGAUGUCACUUUUCAUGCAAAACUGAAAUAAUUUUCUUUAAUGAGAAUGAAUUGUUUAAUCAACCUUCUUGUUUAAUGCAAUGAUUUUAUAAUUUAAAUAUUAUAUUAAUUAUGCUUUAAAUUUCCAUGUGCUUAAACAGCAUGCACCCUCAAACGAAUGGCGUCUUUUCAUCUGCUAGUAACCACUUCCUUUUAUUGUCACUACCUUGACAAAGAUAUGUGCAAGUAGUGGUUAAGCUUCACUUUAUCUGUCUGUGGUUAUGUGAUCUUUAUUCUACUAGCUGUGUGCAACGACCUGACUGCUCCAACACAAGACUGUUUUAAACAUAUUUUCUCUGAGUUUUUUUUAUAUUGUUUCCAAAGGAAGAUUUGUUUUGUAGAUUUGUUUUUCCACUUAAAGUUUCAAAGCCUGUAAUUUACAGUGCACACUGUAAAUUACUAAUGAAAUGAUUGCAUAUUAACACCAGGUGACAAACGUUAAAAGAAAACGAUAUUUUUGUGUUUAGCAUGUCUGCGAUCCAUCCUGAGUCUCUCCUCUUUAAUUUGUACUGAUAAUGUGGACUGUUUGUCUCUGACACCUUUGAAAAAUGUGGGUUUCCUGUUCACGCUCUUUCUUUGCAGCUAAGUCUGUAAGAC